AUGCUAGUGAAGCUUGACAACAGCACUGAAUGUUCACCUGUAAAAGAGUCUCAACAUCUUUUUUAUAUUGUGGGGACCAAAACUGGAUGCAAUAUUCCAAGUGUGGACUUACCAAGUCAUCAUAGAGAGGCCAAAGACAGUGAUGAUGAGGAAGAGGUGGUACAUGUGGAUCGAGACCAUUUCAUGGAUGAAUUCUUUGAGCAGGUAGAGGAAAUCCGUGGUUGCAUUGAAAAGCUCUCAGAGGAUGUGGAGCUGGUGAAGAAACAACACAGCGCCAUCUUGGCUGCCCCCAACCCAGAUGAGAAAACUAAGCAGGAAUUGGAGGACCUCACAGCUGACAUCAAGAAGACGGCCAACAAGGUGCGCUCCAAGUUAAAAGCAAUUGAGCAGGGAAUUGAGCAGGAAGAAGUGCAGAACCGAUCCUCUGCUGACUUGAGAAUCCGGAAAACACAGCAUUCCACUCUAUCUCGCAAGUUUGUGGAGGUGAUGACAGAAUACAACACAACUCAGUCUAAAUAUCGAGAUCGAUGCAAAGAUCGUAUCCAGAGACAGCUGGAGAUAACUGGCAGGACAACAACCAAUGAAGAGUUAGAAGACAUGCUAGAGAGUGGAAAGUUGGCGAUUUUCACUGAUGAUAUCAAAAUGGACUCACAGAUGACGAAGCAGGCCCUGAACGAGAUUGAAACCCGGCAUAAUGAGAUCAUCAAACUGGAAACCAGCAUUCGGGAGCUCCAUGACAUGUUUGUGGACAUGGCUAUGUUGGUCGAGAGUCAGGGUGAAAUGAUUGACCGCAUCGAGUACAAUGUUGAGCACUCUGUGGAUUAUGUGGAAAGAGCCGUCUCUGACACCAAGAAAGCUGUAAAAUACCAGAGCAAGGCUCGAAGGAAGAAAAUAAUGAUUAUAAUUUGUUGUGUGGUUCUUGGUAUAGUACUGGCCUCCUCCAUCGGGGGCACUCUUGGGUUGUAAAUUAAAGCAAAAAAUAUUAAUAAUAAUAUAAUAAUAAUUUAAAAAUUGUACAUGCAGUGGAUAUAACAGCACAUGUUCCAGCUACCU